UGACAUCAUCUAACAUCAGUCACACUCUUGAGAUAGACUUGAUUUAUGUUCUGUAGGUGACUACUGUACGUGGUUAAAAAAAAAGAAAGCGAUCGAUCUGAUGUACUAAAGUAAAAUGGCAUCGAUGUUUGGCUGUGUUGUGUGUGGAAGAUUGGUUCAAACAGAUGCUCAACAAGUUGGUCCAACACAAGUUGUGUUUAACUUACCAGAUGCUGAUAGCAUUCAACAUAUAGUGAUAUUCCUUACAGGGGCUGUACCGUUCCCAGACAAUAUGGGCGGAGCUGUGUACUACUGUUUUCCAAGUCCUCAAGGUCAAUCAUGGCAGCUUCUUGGAUUUAUAUCAAAUGCCAAACCAAGUGCAAUAUUUAAAAUAUCCAAGGCCAAGCCUGAAGAUGUUGUUAGCAAUCCUUUUUCACUAAACGUACAACAGCAAGACCAUACCAUGGCUCAAAUAGGGAUAUCCAUCGAGCCUCUUACUCAACUAGCACAACAAACACCAGUUGCAAAUGCCACUCCAACUACCUUGAACACUUUUGUGCAGUUCACUCAAAAGAUGAUGGAAAGUUUUGUGAAUUAUGCAAGUUCCUUUUCAAUUACACAAACACAAAUGACUCCUAAUCCUAGCGAAAGUUUUAUUCCCAUGAGUGUGGUACAGAAAUGGUAUUUGUCGUUUGAACGAAAACUAGCAUGUGAUCCAAACUUUUGGAAAAACUGAUGGAUGGCUGUAUCCUGCUGGGCUAAACAGUCUGUUAUACAUUGUAUAUCUAUUGGUUCUUGAAUAUGGAUUUUAUUUUAGAAACAACUAAGUAUUGUCAAAAAGCAAAAUUUUUAUGUUUUCGAUUACCAUUGCUUUAAAGUGCCUAUGACCCCUAACUCAAUGUUUUCAGCAUUGAUUCUACAUGAAGUUAAAAGUUAAAUAGUAAAAUAUUUUUAUAUGAUUUGAGUGAUGCAUCUUCGAGAUAUCAAGGUUUAUACUUCCAGUAUGCUAUUGAGUGUGAUGUCAUAGGAGGCAUUAUUAUAUAUACGAAAAUUUACUGGGGUAGUAAAAUAUCCUGUAUAAAACAGUUAUCUUACUCAGGGUUUAUAAAAAGGUUAUUGCAAAUUUGUUUCCUCAUUGUAAUCAGUGUUUUGAUUUAAAAAUGAUGACAAAUAAACCCAAAUGCCUAGUAUGACAUCACACUUAUUAGCAUGCUGGAAGUAUAAACCUUGAUAUCCCCAAAAUUCAUCACUCAAAUCAUAUAAAAAUAUUUUACUAUUUAACUUUUAACUUCAUGUAGAAUCAAUGCUGAAAACAUUGAGUUAGGGGUCAUAGGCACUUUAAUUACCAUGUGCUGAUUGAGACAACAGUUGCAACAGUUAAACUCCCAUCAAUUAGGAUAGUAAACAGUUCAUCUCAUUGCCUGAUUUUCUUCCCAUCAAACAGAGUUGUGAACAGUUUAUGUGAUUUCCCGAUUUCCCUGUCACUGUUGUCUCAAUCAGCGAGUAGCAAUCAAACAAUCUGUUUCCCAUGAAUAUCAUACUUCAUAUAGAAAAAGUGGUAAUGUUAAAGAUGAUCCAACUGAAAAAAAUGAUUUAAAACUUUCAUAAACCAUUAAAAUAUGUAAUUUAGCUUUAUUUUGUUAUUAGCUUUUUAAGAUACUGUAAAUUAAACAGUAUAACUAUAACUAGUCACCUAUAACUCAUUGCCAAGCAAAUAAAUAAGAUUGUAAUUGAAUCUGAAUAAAAGAAACAAGAAUACCAAA